GGGCGGGAGGAGCGGGGGAGGGCGCGCGGGAGGGCGCGCGGGAGGAGGAAGUCGCGGAGCCAGAGCGAGCCGCGCUCCUGCGGGGAGACGUCGCGCAGUCCCCGGGGUCCCGGCCGCGGUCCCAGCUCCGGGCGCAGCCGCCCGGGAGGGGUCGCGCCAGGCGGCGCCCAGGCUCGGAGAGGGAUGCGCCGCCGCCGCCGCCCGCAGCCCCGGAGCAGCUGAGCGCGGCCCGGAGCGGCCCCGGGCGGGCGAGGGCGCACGCGGCCUCCGGGCCCACCCCGCUCCGGCGUCGCCCGCUCCGCUCCCCGGUCCCGAUGACCACCGAGGGCGGCCCGCCGCCGCCCCCGCCGCGCCCGCCGCCGGCCCCGCUCCGCCGCGCGUGCAGCCCGGGCCCCGGCGCGCUGCAGGCCGCCCUGCUGAGCCCACCGCCCGCCGCCGCCCUGGAGAGCGCGCCCGCGUCCUCCGCGUCGCCCGCCGCGGCCCCGCGCGCCCCGGCCCCGGCCUCGGCCCCCGCUCCCGCCCCGGCUGCCUGCAAGGGCGCGGCUGGCGGCGGCGCGGGCGCCAAGAAGGCGAGCUCGGGGCUGCGGCGGCCCGAGAAGCCGCCCUACUCGUACAUCGCGCUCAUCGUCAUGGCCAUCCAGAGCUCGCCCAGCAAGCGCCUGACCCUCAGCGAGAUCUACCAGUUCCUGCAGGCGCGCUUCCCCUUCUUCCGCGGCGCCUACCAGGGCUGGAAGAACUCGGUGCGCCACAACCUCUCGCUCAACGAGUGCUUCAUCAAGCUGCCCAAGGGGCUCGGGCGGCCCGGCAAGGGCCACUACUGGACCAUCGACCCGGCCAGCGAGUUCAUGUUCGAGGAAGGCUCGUUCCGCCGCCGGCCGCGCGGCUUCAGGCGGAAGUGCCAGGCGCUCAAGCCCAUGUACCACCGCGUGGUCGGCGGCCUGGGCUUCGGGGCCUCUCUGCUGCCCCAGGGCUUCGACUUCCAGGCGCCCCCGGCCGCGCCGCUCGGCUGCCCUGGCCAAGGCGGCUACGGCGGCCUCGACAUGAUGCCCGCGGGCUACGACGCGGGCGCGGGCGCCCCGGGCCACGCGCACCCGCACCAUCACCAUCACCACCACGUCCCGCACAUGUCGCCUAACCCGGGCUCCACCUACAUGGCCAGCUGCCCGGUGCCCGCCGGCCCGGGGGGCGUCGGGGCGGCGGGCGGCGGCGGCGGCGGCGGGGACUACGGGCCGGACAGUAGCAGCAGCCCGGUGCCCUCGUCCCCGGCCAUGGCGAGCGCCAUCGAGUGCCACUCGCCCUACACGAGCCCCGCGGCGCACUGGAGCUCGCCCGGCGCCUCUCCUUACCUCAAGCAGCCGCCCGCGCUCACACCCAGCAGCAACCCCGCGGCCUCUGCCGGUCUGCACUCCAGCGUGUCCUCCUACUCCCUGGAGCAGAGCUACCUGCACCAGAACGCGCGCGAGGACCUCUCAGUGGGCCUGCCCCGUUACCAACAUCACUCCACUCCAGUGUGCGACAGAAAGGAUUUUGUCCUCAAUUUCAACGGCAUUUCUUCCUUCCACCCCUCGGCCAGUGGGUCCUACUACCACCACCACCACCAGAGCGUGUGUCAGGACAUUAAGCCCUGCGUCAUGUGAGCAGACGAGGCCACCUCUCUCCUCGCCUCUCCUCUCUUCUCCCCUCCUGACCUCUGCUGAGGGGCGGAUAGGCACCAAGAGACGACUUCCACAGAUGACACACUCCCCUACGUGCACAGGACAGUAGUAAGUAGCACCCCCACUGCUUAGCAGAACCCCAGGACCGUGGCCUGCAGCUGAAGGAGGCGGAGCCCUUGGCAAGGUAAUGCCCAGACCAGGAAGAUCGACCCCAAACAGAGGAGAGCUGAGAAGUUGCCAAGCGUAAGGAAUAAACCUGUAACUCUGGGAUCUUCAUUGCCUUCUGUAAUCAGGGUCCGAGAAAAGCAGACAAGUUGUGUGUAUGUGUGGUUUUCUUUAUCUAUGAAAACUUGUGUGCUUUUCAAAGAGGCAGUGUGCAAAACACAGGCUUCCAAGAAAACCUCAUCACGCUGCCCGGCUGAGAGGAGCGUAGUUCACCCCAGACACCCCCUUUGGAUACAGAUGCCAAAGAACACUAUGAAGAAACCAUGUAGAGCCAAUGCCUCUAGUUUAAGAAAGCGGUUCUAAGUAUUGUGCCAAUACGACGUUUUUACAAGGUUGUUUUCUACCACCAUAUUCUAAAGAUAUUUUUAUGAUCUUCGUGUAUACUCACACUUUGCUUGUAUUUUAAAAGGAGGAUAUAUUUGCACUUAUGUAUACUUUUACAGUUUGCCAAAAUAUUUUGAUGUAAAAUUUUUUUCAAUAAAAUGUAUAUAACAAAUA